GCGUAAGCCAACCUCUCUGCCAUUCUAAUAUUUUUAGCUUGUAUUCAUGAAAAGAAAUGCGAACACGCAUGGAAUGCUAUUAUAGGACAGAGCCAAGAAAAUGGACAUACGUUGACUAUUUCUUGCAUUGAAUAUUGAUGGUCAUCACUAAAUAUGACCGGGAAAACAUGUAGCGGUCAAUGGGCAACCGAAAAUUCCAAUCCAAGCGUCAAAUUGUAAGGCAGAGGAUAUGUGGUGUGUGGUGUGUGGUGUGUGGCGUGGGCGUGAGAGCUUGGCCUGCUUUGUCGGAGUGGUAUAUGCUGAUACAAGGGGGGUAUAAAUAAGAGUGCAUAGCAAUGAUGGAAAAGCGGUAGAAGAAGAUUUUACAUUUGGGACAAAGACCCAAAAAGGAAAUAAAAUAAAAAAUAAAUAAAAAAUAAAAAAGGUGAAUAACAAAUGGCGUCUUCUCUACCAAAGCGCCUUGUAAUACUAGUUGCAAUCACAUUGCUGCUGCUGCUAUCGAGCGAAAUGGCAAUGGCAAAGGGCAAAGGCAAGGGCAAGGGCAAGGGCAAGGGCAAGAAUUCCAACGACGUCCUCACCUACCACGGAGGGCCCCUCCUCACCGGAACCAUCAACCUUUCCGUCCUCUACUACGGCCAAGUCGGACACGUCCAGAAGAAGCAGAUUCGGGCCUUCAUCAAGUCUCUCAACUCCGAUAAAGGAGGCCAGCAGCCCAGCGUGGGUUCCUGGUGGAGAAUGGUGGAGAGCUACCAGUCCAUGGCUAACAAGGGCCUCAAAAACAACAUCCCAAGAAUCACGGUGCGCGUGGCCAGAGCUAUCACCGACACUUCCUACUCCGCAGGCAAAAUCAUGACCAUGGACUUUGUGAAGUUGCUGGUCGACAAGGCCACGGGCGGAAAGCCCAACACGCUGGCGGUCAUCUUCACCGACAGGCAGGUGACGGUGCAGGACAUGUGCACGGGGAGGUGCGCGCAGCAUGGAGUGGUGGGGAACCAGCCGUUCGUGCUGGUGGGGAAUCCGGAGACGGAGUGCCCCGACGCUUGCGCGUGGCCGUUCGUGAAAGCCAGCAGCGGGCCCACAGGGGUAAUACUGCAGCCACCAAGCGGCAACCUCGGGGCGGACGCCAUGGUAUUGUCGCUAGCUGCGGGGUUGGCGGAUGCGGUGACCAAUCCAUUGGGCGACGGGAUCUACAUGAUGGGUGCCAGACAUGAGGGACAAGUGGGACCCGUCACCGCUUGCAGGGACAUCUUCGGAAGCGGCGCCUUCCCCGGCUACACCGGUAAGGUCCGGGUCGACCCCAAAACUGGAGGUGCUUUCAACUUUCAUGGCGUCAAGGGCAACAAGUUCUUGCUGCCUGCCGUUUGGAACCCCGCUACUAGGCAAUGCUGGACUCCUCUUUGAUUUUUUUCUUCUUUUUUUUUUUUUUUCAUUUUCUUUUUCUUUCUUCUUUUUCCAACGACGACUACUUCUUUAAUUUUUUAUUUUUUUCCCCAUUCCAUCUAACUCGCUCUGUGUUUGUUUACUCGAGCCGCGCCAUCAUCUAUUUUAAUCCAAUCUCGCCACUUUACCGCC